AUGUCUUUAUUAAUACGAACAAUAUCUCGUAUAACAUCUCAACGUUUUACAAGUACAGUUGGAGCUCAUCCACAAGGUACUCAAGAUGAUCCAUCAUUAACAGCAAAUUUUAUACCAGAUUUUUCCUUUCCACAAGGACUACAAGGUGAUAUAUCAGAUGGUACUGGUAAUGAUGCUAUUUGUCAAUUAUGGUUAGAAAAAUGUAAACUUUAUGGCUAUGAUAAUUGCGAAGAACGAUUACAAAAAUUAUUAGAAUCACAUACAAUUAAAAAAAAUUAA